AUGUGAAGUGACGCCAUUAUCGCCAUUACAGAAAGCUAAUUCUGUAUUAUAGAAAAAUAAUACAAUCUGAACGUUUACGUACAACCACUUUGUGUUAUAAAGUUUCAUUACUAAAUUUUUCAUUGUAAAUAACUUCAUAGCAAUUGAUUAUCUUUUAUUAAAUCCAUUGCUUUCUACUAUAUAUUUCUACUCUAUAUUUUAACAACGUGUGUCUUUUGUUAUAACAACAUGCCGAAACGUGGAGGAAGAAUUCGCAAUUGGAAACCCAAUGAACAUUUUGAACAUGAUGAUCGAGCUCACAGCAACAAUACAAGACGUGUCAGCUUCAAAUCCGGUUCAUAUAAGGGGAAAAGCAAAUUUCGAUCCUGGAACGAUGCGUCUCAACUGUUGCUCGAUGGUGAUAUUGACAUGGGCGCAUCUGGAGGUUACCCUAUAAGGAAGGGCUUCAGAAAUCAAAGAGGUCGGUUAAGCUCUCCAGCACCCCGGACCGCCAAAAGAAAAUUUAUACCUGGACCUUUGCCGUGGUAUCAGAUUGUAAUACCAUACGGAGCUAAACAUGAUAAAGACGUUAUUUUACGAUCACUAUUAGGCUUUAUAUCGCCAGAAGUGUUCAUACCACAUUAUUAUAAAAUAAAUGGAAAUACAGCUGUUUUCUAUGUUGAUGAUGUUAAAAUUGCUGAAAAACUAUAUGAGGCUGAUAGAAAAAUUGUUAUGUCCGAUGGGUUUAAACUUCUUAUACUUGUAAGGAACAGUGUACCAAAUGUAAAUAUUGAUGCCGAUAUGAAAGAGAAAAUGAAACUCGUCAUGGCAAAAAGAUACAAUGCAGCUACUAAAGCCUUGGACUUAACCAAAUUUCAUGCCGACCCAGAUUUAACAGAUAUAUUCUGUGCACUUUUCCGACCCAUCAUAAUGUCUGUUGCUAUUGAUAUAAUGGCAGACAAUAUUCCGGAUUUAGAAGCACUCAACUUAAAUGAAAACAAAAUCCAUGGAAUGGAACACAUGAAGGUCCUUUGUACAAAGUUGAAGAAUUUGAAGAUUCUUUAUUUGGGAGACAACAGGAUUACAACUCUGGCUGCUCUAGAACCUUUGAAACCUUUGCCAUUGGUGGAACUUUAUCUUAAAGGAAACCCACUAGUUUCUAGGUUCAACGAUCAUGAUAUUUACGUCAGCGACGUGCGGAAAAAAUUCCCCAAACUCAUCAGAUUGGAUGGCGUAGACCUGCCACCAGCCAUCGGCUUCGACGUAUCUGAAGAUUUAUCCCUCCCUUCCCGUCAACAAUCCUUCCUUAUAGACCCAGCCGGCCAGAAUCUCGUUAGAGAAUUCCUUACACAGUACUUCGCAAUCUACGAUUCCGAUUCCCGUCAGCCAUUAUUAGAGGCAUACCACGAAACAGCUACUAUGUCAAUGGCGGCCGGCUAUUUAAGUAAUGAAGGACGAAAUGUACCAGGAAAUAAAUUAAACGCCUACAUAUCUAACAGUCGUAAUAUUAUGAGGAUAACCGACAGGGAAUCCCGUCGACGUUACCUCCGUACAGGAAGACUACAAGUUGUUUCGUUUCUGUCAGACUUACCCAAGACCAAUCAUGACCUGAUGGGAUUUGCUGUUGAUCUACUUGUAUUCACUCCAGCGAUGAUAGUGCUAACAAUGAAUGGUGUCUAUAGAGAGACAACAGCAUACGGCAAUCCGACUCGGUCUUUCCAUAGGACUUUUGUUAUUAUACCAAAUGCCACUGGUGGAUUUUCAAUUACUAAUGACAUGUUGUUUGUCAGUAAUACUACUAAGGAGCAGGAGGAUAAGUCAUUUUCUGGCGGUGAAGUAGCUCCUUCAAGUUCAACUUCAGCACCUCCUGUGGCAACAUUAGCUGCAACCCCAUCAUAUGAUGAGAAUCAACGAAUGAUGCUUAACAUGCUCUGCCAACAAACCGGCAUGAACGAACAUUGGAGCGUUAACUGUCUACAAGAAACUGGUUGGGACUAUCAAAGAGCGUUGUUUAUAUUCAAUCAACUGCAGUCGGAAGGCAAGAUUCCACCGGACGCUUUUGUUAAGUGAAAUAACGGUUAAGGCAGAGCCUGGUUGUAAAUAAUAUAAUUUAAGUUUAUUACAAGAAGAAAGAAGACUCAGCAGAUAUGAACAGAUUUAGAAAAAAAAAAAAAAAACAGACAGUAAAAAGUAAAACAAAAAAUUAAAAAAAAAAGAAAUAGAAAUGAGAACAUUGAUUUCAAUAUCCUUAACAAAGAGUUUUAGAAUAUGUAUAAAAUGAAUGUAAAGAUACAUAUACAUAUAUAUAUCCUGACAAUAUAUGUAUAUAUAUUCUGUUACUUGUUCCAUAAUGAUAAAUCAUGUUGAAUAAUUGAUAUCAUAAAAUCUAUUUACAUGUAAUAACUUUGGUUGUUGCUUAAAAAAACGACAUUUUAUUUUGUAAUAUUAUAGUCAUAAUAUUAGAAUUAAAUUUUUGUUUAGAGAACUAAUGUCUAUGAAUGUUUGUUCUUAAAGAGUUGUUAAUAACUAUAUAGAUGAAGUUGUUUUUGUUAUAAGAAAACAGUUGUUAACAAUUCCUAUUUCAUCUAUAUACAGUUGUAGAACUUGUCUGUCAUUGUGUUGAGUUUUUAUAUUUAAUGUAAAUAGUAGUUGUACGUAUGGUUAAUUAGUUUACGAUGAUUGUCAGCUCGGUUGUUUAAUAUGUACUUUGAGAAUUGUAUUUGACUGUAAAUGUACUUUUGUACUGAAUCUAUGUUGUCAUGUAAAUAACAAAUAACUUGAAAUGUUACUAGUACAUUGAAAAAUUAUUUCGUUCCAAAAAAUAUACUUAGUUUUAGCUACCGGGUUGUGGGUUUGAAAUGAGCAGUAUUUGGGUGAAACUCAUAAGUGGCCGAUGAAAUGUGUCCGUUGACAGUUCGACACUGGGUUAUAAAAGUGACCUCAUGGUAUUCUUAUGGCGUGUGAGUGACGCCCCAUUGAAUAUUAACAGCGGAACCCCUCGGUGAUACUUGUGGGCUAGCUGUUUAGUGUGAUCGAUGGCGUUGCCAUGGUGUCGUCACGGUACUUUGCUUGGCUAUGAUUUGAGAACUCCCCUCUGCGACAUUUUGGGCUGUGCUUAGGGUUAUUUGUCCUUGAUUAAGAUUUAAGAUAAUAAAAAAUAUUUUUGACAA